AUGCGUUUGUUAUUGAAGACGACUUGGACUGGGACACGGGUAUCCGGUAUCCACGAACAAAUGAAGUUGGUUUCUGAUAAUGUCCGAAACUAUACAAAGACGCCCGCUUCGGACCCCAGCCCAUUUGGAAGUGCUUGGGACGUCUUGUGGCUGGGCCAUUGCGGCGAGAUGACGGAACCGGAUACGGAGAGACUCGAGUACUACGACGACUCGCUCAUGGCCACCGAAGACUACGCGGGAUUUUCCAAGAAAUUCCUCGUCGCUCAGGAUCACCGUUCCGUGCAGAAGUUGGCGAUGACGAUGUGCACGUUUAGCUGUGGGAUCAGCCGGCGCGGGGCACGAAGCAUUCUCAAGACGCUGAGCAGCGGUCAGGACGAGGCUUUGACGUAG